UAAGACGUAUUUUAAGUUUGUGGAAUUUAAGGAAAAAAUAACUUGUGAAAUGGACGAUCGAACGGUGGAUUUGAUAUUUGCAGGCUCCCUUGAGUCCUUGCCUCCGGUCAGUUCGAAAAUUGUUCGGAUUUUCACUAGUUCAACCUUUACAGAUACAACAAUGGAACGGAAUACGCUAAUGGCCAAAUGUUAUCCUAGGAUCAAGGACUAUUGUCGAGAGAAGCAUGGCCUGGAAUUUCAGGUAGUGGAUAUGAGAUGGGGUGUACGUGAUGAAGCAACAGAUGAUCACAUGACCACAGAGCUUUGCAUGAAAGAAAUUGAAAAUUGCCAACGCCUAUCUAUGGGACCUAACUUUGUGGUGUUUCUUGGACAAAAAUAUGGAUACCGACCAAUCCCCACUUACAUUCUAUCUUCAGAAUUACAAAUGUUACGAGACGAACUGACUGCAAUGGGAACCGAUGGUUCGCUACUAGAUGUUUGGUAUAAGAAAGACAGCAACGCAGUCCCUCCAAUAUCAGUACUGCAACCGAUUUCGUCAAUUUUGAUUAAUUUCAACAAUAAGAGGGUCCCCAAACUACAAGCGGAAGACCAAGCAGUGUGGUGGGACACGUUGACUAAAAUGCAGAAACUUUUGAGAAAGGCAGCGCAAUCCCUUUUUUCUUCAGGACAAUUUGAUAAGGACACAAUGCAUAGUUAUUUUAUGUCAGUUACUGAGCGCGAGGUCAUAAAUGGUAUCCUAAAUGUGAAGAACACUAAAAAUCAUUGCAUGGCUUACGUCCGAUAUAUCAACAACAUUAAUCUGCAAAAUCUGAAAAAAGCUUCACUUUUCGUGGAUAUUAUCAACAGAAGUCUUGAUACGGAAGCUUCAAAACUUCUGGCAAAUUUACGUGAUGAAAGGCUCCCCAACAAAAUCGAAUCGACAAAUAUGCAAAAAUACACCGUUGAAUGGAUCGGACGUGAAGGCCUGGAUAUUGAAACCCACGAGGAAUAUCUAAAUCAUUUCAUUGCACAUUUCUACAAAAACAUUGUGAAACUGGUAGACCGAGCAAUGCGCAAGGAGGACUCAAGCGCACAAGGACAAAUUGUUACAGAAAUCCUUCAACAUUUACACGCUUGCAACAAUUCGGUGAAGGUUUUCUAUGGACGUGAAGAAAACCUUGACCACAUUCAAAGGUAUAUGUUGGGGGAGUCAGAUAAACCCUUGGUACUCUACGGUGAAGGUGGUUGUGGCAAAACAUCUCUGCUGGCCAAAAGUGCUUCCCUUGUUGCAAGGGAAUGGUUUCAAGGAAAGAAGCCUAUUAAUAUUAUUAGAUUCCUGGGUACGACUCCAGAUUCAAGUGCACUUACGCCUACAUUGAUAUCUAUAUGUCAACAGAUUUCCUACAAUUAUAUGCUUCCUUUUGAGAACAUCCCUGAUGAUCUUGUUCCUCUGACUGCGCACUUUAAACAGCUACUAACAUAUGCAAGCGUAAAUCAACCUUUAACAUUGUUUCUAGAUUCUGUUGAUCAACUUACUGGAACCCAAGAUAAGGUCUCUUGGAUUCCCACACGGCUACCGCCACAUUGUAAGAUUAUACUGUCCUGCGCGUGCGAAGAAAGCAACCCUGUAGUAUCACAGGAAUAUCAUAUCCUUCGACGGAUGAUCGAUAUUGAGGACAAUUUCAUCGAAGUCACGGCACUUGGUGAAGAACUUGCAAUGAAUGUAAUCAAAAUGUGGAUGAAAACUGCUUGCCGUGAUCUAACCAACUAUCAAUGGCGCUUAGUAGCGAACGCAAUCAGCAAAUGUUCCCUUCCCAUUUUUGUGAAAUUAGUUUUCGCUGAGAUAUGUCGAUGGAGAAGCUACACUCGCCCACAAGAAACCCACCUUGCUUCCACAGUCAUGGACUCCAUCAUGAUGCUCUUCGAACGAAUUGAAAAACAACACGGCAGGAUCCUGGUAUUUCAUGCAUUGGCAUAUAUAACCGCAGCUAAAUCAGGAUUGUCUGAAAGCGAACUGGAGGAUUUAAUAUCUCUAGAUGACAAAGUUCUCGACGAUGUAUACCAAUAUCACUUGCCACCGGUGAGGCGGAUUCCCCCGCUACUCUGGACUCGAAUUCGAAAUGAUCUGCCGAACUACCUGAGUGAACGAGAAGCCGAUGGUGUGAACGUGAUGAAUUGGUACCACAGACAAUUCCGUGACACCGCCAAGGAGCGAUACUUUAAGAAUAUGAACAUGGCUAUGUACUUUCACUCAUCAAUUGCGGAUUACUACUUAGGAAUAUGGGGAGGGGGAGUACCGAAGCCUUUUAAAUUCACUGAAAUUCAAAGGCAUCGGUUUAAUCUCACCGACAAAGAAGGAGUGGCAGAUCGAAAAGUGCCAGUACAACCAUUAGCUUUUACCAAUAAAGAAGGGCAAGUGACUAGAUAUAAUCUCCGGAAGUUUGGAGAAUUACCCUUCCAUCUUGUCCGAGCACGCCGCUUCAAGGAUCUCUACGCAAAUGUGCUUUUCAACUAUGACUGGUUACAUGCGAAGUUGUCUAGUUGUCCACUUCAAGCAGUUUUAGCCGAUUUUGAAGAUGCUUCCACGAAUACAGAUGACAAGGACGCCAAAAGAGAGCUCAUGCUGGUAGCUGAUGCCCUACGUUUAGGUGGAGCCAUCUUAGCAAUAUAUCCUAACAUGCUUGCCCCACAAUUGAUUGGACGAUUGCUUCCAGAAAUUGGAGGAAAUCCAAACAUAAAGAUGCUGCUUAGGGCUUGUGAUAAAAGUGGACCGAAAGAUUGUGCAUUGAUUCCUGUGAAUCAUUGUUUGCAUACUCCGGGUGGUCCGUUAAAGUACUCUUUGGAAGGACAUCAAUUUGCUGUUUUUGCAUUUUGCCUGACCAGUGACUACCGAUAUAUGGUUUCAAUUUCAACACGGUUCAUCACUUGGGAUUUAUCUACAUCUGAUCUGACGCGUGAUGUUAAUCCUGGUAUUGAGGGUAUCAUGCAACAAUUGGUCCUGAGUCCAGAUAAUAAAUGGGCGGCAGCUUAUUCCAAUAACAAUCAAACUGUUUUGCUCAACAUGUUAUCCAGCGAAUUUGUAGUUGUGGACAAUCCAUUUGAAGCAGGAGAACCAGUGACCGGAGUUUACUUACUGAAUCACAGCCUUUUCAUAAAUACAAAACUUAAAUGGGCGAGAUUUGAUAUGCGGGGGAACUUAAUGGAACAAUCAAAAGCACCACCAGGAACGGAUAACUGGGAAAUAUUGUAUAUGGAAUUCUCGAAGCCUUCUCAAUACCAUAUUGUCUACUGGUCUGGCCAAAUAAAUGAAACCCAACUCAGAUUCGAUACUAUACGAGACACAAUACAAGCUGAUCCUGUCCAGUUCCACAGUGCAAUGGCUCUAAAUAAAAAGUGGGAUACCCUCUAUUGUUGCACUAAUGAAAAUAAUUUCCAGGUAAGCGUCUACAAAUAUCACGAAAACUUAGAAGAAGGAACUAUCGCAUGGAUCCAUGACUCCGAUCUGCCGCAAUAUGAAAACGAUGAAAAAGAAGUUCUCCUUCAAUUGAAACUGGAUCAAAAUGAUCGGAUGCUGCUAGGAACAGCUGGAAAGGGAUUCGUUAUUUGGGACUUCGCUGAUACCAACUCAAUCGGUGAUGAAGCUAUAUACCUUUCCCUUCCACAUGGAGUGAGGAACAUAACGACAAAAAUGAUGCAAUCCAAUUCUGUGAUGGUCAGCUCUCGCCUGAACUUUGCUGUCGCAGGUGUACGAAAAAAUCUUUAUGUUUGGUGCUUGAAAACCAAGCAAUUGACCAAAGUUCUUGACGCCCACUUUGGAAGAAUUAUUCAGUUGGAGGCACUUACGAUUGGUAACUGGAACAGUGUAAUUACAUCAUCGAUAGACCGGUCGGUUAAGGUGUGGAAUAUCAAUAACAUUUUUGAGAAAGUCCAUGUUAUUGAUCGACACGAAUUGCAAAUUGAUAAUAUCAGUUUAUCUGCUGUCGACUUAGCAGUUACAGUAACACGAGGUUGCGUCGGUGUUUGGGAAACUCGAUCGGGACGAUUAUUAACAAAACUGGCUGAUAGCCCUCUGGGUGCAAUUGUCACACAGGCCGAGAUCACACCCGAUGGAAAAUAUAUAAUUUCAUCGGAAACAGGAAAGAUUCUCAUCUGGAAUCGUGUCUCCGAGCAGGUUUUAUUCCGAGAUGAUCAACCAGGCAUUCAGCAAAUAACAUUUUUGGAAGAUGGAGCAAAAGUUAUGACCGUAUCAUGCCCCAACCUAAAUUCAAACAACGCUGGUGGAAAUGAGGAGAAUAAUAAAUUAAUUGCAAUAACGACCGUUCGAACAGUACCGGAAGGAGCCGUCCAAUUUCGGUUUGAAUUUCCAGUCCGCAUGGUACCAGGAAUACCAUUUCGAAACUCUGUUAUAUCUGCGGAUGAAGCUCAUAUAAUCGUGUGUACUGUAGAUAAGAACAACAAGGACUGCAUAAGUGUGUACAAUGCCUCCAACGGUAAUCAUGUAACAAAGAUCCUGCUUAAGGGCUGCUAUAUCAAAGAAAUCGUAUCACUCGUUCCUAUGCCUCAUAAGCCUCACCAAGUGGCCGUUAUAAGCAGCGAAAAGGGAAGUAUUAUAGACAUACGCACCAAGAAGCAUGUACGGUCGGUAAUGAAAUGGGGUGGAAGCAUUACAAGAGAUGGGAAGUCUGGUUUAUAUGCUCCUUCUAGGGGAGGUUUGGAGCUUUUGGAACUCCGCAAAGGGACUACUGUCAAAACCUAUAUUCCGAAAGUUGCUGAAGGAGUAUUUUCGGUAAUUUGCCUGUUCACGGAAAACGACGAGUAUGUUUGUUACUACCAUAGCGGCAAAAAGACACUUCGGAUCUUUCGAACAGUUGAUACAACGAUGAUUGCAAAUUAUCGUCUACAGGCUGAGCUAACCGCCAUCAAAAGUAGCAAAGAUGGUCGAUCCUUAGUCUUGGGAACUGUUGACGGAUGUAUGUCCGUACUUGCGAUUGCUGAUCCUAUGAAAGAUGAUAUGACACAAUAUCUAGAAGGUUUGCCCUCCAGGGAUGAAGAAUGGAAAAAGAAAUUAGCAAGGAUGAAGGCACGAGUUAGCUUCAAAGCAGCGAUACGUGUCACAGCACUUUCUACAAGAUUUGACAAUAAAAAAAGUGCACAGCCGCUGGAUGAGAAUGAAACAAUAGUUGAGAAAACUGAAUAAUAAAUUUAAAACUAUAUAUAUAUUAUUUAUCAUGGUUAAAUAAAAGUUUUUUC